UAUGAAAAAAAGAAAAAAAAAACAAAAUUUUCAGAAAUGAGAAGACUGAACGAAGUGAUAAAAAAAAAAAAAAAUGAAAAACUGUCACAAAAUUAAAAAAAACUCUUAAAUGGCAGAAACUACAAAAAUGACAAAGUUUAAAAAAAAUUAUAAGAAGGACAAAAAUAACAAAUAUAAAAAGAAGACAAGAAUGAUAAAAAGUCUAAAUCUAAAUAAAAAUGGACAAAAUUGAACAAAAUGAAACAAAUUAGGAAAUUGGAGAAAAAGGAACAAAAAUGAACAUAAAUGGACAAAAACGAACGAAAAUGACAAAAAUUACAAAAACAUCGAAAAUUUUAAAAAAAUAUUAAAAUUACAAAAAUAACAAAAACGGAAAAAAUGAAAAAUGACAAAAAUUAAAAGAAAAUGAAAAAAAAAUACCAAAAUGUCAAAAAAUACAACAAUGGCAAAAAUUACAUAGAUGUCAAAAAUGAAAUAAAUAACAAAAAAGACAAAAAUGACAAAAAUUACCAAAAUUGACAAAAAUGUCAAAAUUGACAAAAAUAACAUAAAUGACAAAAACGACAAAAAUUUCAAAAAUAGGAACUAUGAUAAAUUCGACAAAAAUUGCAAAAAGCUGUUUUUACGAAAAUGACAAAAAUAAAAAAAAAAAGACUGACACAAAAAUAAAAAAAUUACCAAAUCUACAUAAAUUACAAAAAGUACAAAAGUGAUAAAAAUUACAAAAUUUAAAAAAAAAAAGUGAUAAAAACGAAAAAAAAAAUGAUAAUAAUGACAGCCAUUCCAAAAUCAAUGUGAACAAAAAUAACAGAAAAGGCCAAAACGACAAAAACGAAAAAGAAAUUCAAAAAGUGAUAAAAAUGAUAAAAAUGACAAAAUCGACAAAAAAUUACGAAAAUGACAUGAAUAUCAAAAGUGACAAAAAUGAAAAAACUACGAAAAAUGUCAAAAAGAAAACAAAACUGACAAAAAUGACGAUAAUGACAAAGAUUCCAAAAAUGAUAAAAAUGGAAACUGACAAAAAUGAAAAAAAGAAUGACAAAAUUAACCAAAAUCACAUUAAUGUUAAACAUGACAAAAAUAAUUAAAAUGACAAGAAUGACCAAAAUGACAAAUAUUACAAAAAACUGCAAAAAUGACAAAAAUUACAAAAAUUAAACAAAAAAAUCUAAAUUACGAAAAAUGACGAAAAUUACAAAAAUGACAACAUUGAUAAAAAUGAAAAAAAAAUGACAAAAAUUACAAAAAUUACAAAAAUUACAAAAAUUACAAAAAUGACCAAAAUGACAAAAAUGACAAAAAUGACAAAAAUGACAAAAAUGCCAAAAAUUUCAAAAAUUUCAAAAAUUACAAAAAUCACAAAAUUGACAAAAAUGACGAAAAUGAAAAAAAUGACCAAAAUGCCAAAAAUGCCAAAAAUGACAAAAAUGACAAAAAUGACAAAACUGACAAAAUGACAAAAAUGACAAAAUGACAAAAAUGACAAAAAUGACAAAAAUGACAAAAAUGACAAAAAUGACAAAAAUGACAAAAAUGACAAAAAUGACAAAAAUGACAAAAAUGACAAAAAUGACAAAAAUGACAAAAAUGGCAAAAAUUACAAAAAUAACAAAUAUGAGAAAAGUGACAUUAAAGACAAAAAUGACAAAAAUGACAGAAAAUGACAAAAUUAACCAAAUUGUCAAAAAUGACAAAAAUUACCAAAGAUGACAUAAAACACAAAAAUGGCAAAAAUCACUAAAAUUACCUAAAUCACUAAAAUGACAAAAAUGACAAAAAAGAUGACAAUGACAAAAAUGACAAAAUUUAAAAAAAGAGUUACAAAAAUUAAAAAAAUGACAAAAAGGAAUAAAAAUGGUAAAAGGACAAAAAAAAAACAAAACUGACACCACUGACAAAAAUUACUAAAAUGAUACAAAAUACAAAAAUGACACAAAUGACACAAAAGUUAUUCAAAAAUUAAAAAUUAUCAAAAGUAACACUAAAUUGACACAAAAAUUAAAAAAUAACAAAAUUUAGAAAUUUGGAAUAUGGCGAAAAAUGCCAAAAAUUUUAAAAAUAACAAAAAUUUAAAACAAAACAAAAAUUACAAAAAAUUGCGGGCUUGUGAUAUAGCUCAGUUGGCAAGUCAGUUGCUUUCUGAGCCGAUGUCCGUGAGUUCGAGCCCAAGAGUAAACAUCGAUCACAGUUGUACCGGAUAAGUUUUUCAAUGACUUGUCCGCCAACUUCAUCGUUGAUAUAAGUCGCGAAUGACAUAAAGAUGUUAAAACGACUAUAAUCGAAACAAAAAAAAAAAAAAAACAAAAAAUUGCAAGAUUGAAAAAAAAAUUAUAAAAAUGACAAAAUGACACAAAUAUGACAAAAUGAAAAAUAUGACAGAAAAAAUGACAAAAAUUAAAAAAUUGAAAAAAUUUAAAAUUGACAAAAAACAAAAAAAAAUGACAACAAUGACAAAAAUGACUAAAAUAACUGAAAAGACAAAAAUUACAAAAAUUACAAUAUCAACAAUAUUAACAAAAAAUAACAUUCAAGGCCAAAAAUAACAAAAAAAAAAUUAAAGUUACAGUCAUGUCAAUAAUGACAAAAAUAAAUACUGCCAAAAAAUGACAAAAAUAGCAAUAAAUACACAAAAACGAGAAAAAUGACAAAUAUGACAAAAAAAAACUAAAUUGACAAAAAUGACAAAAAAAAAAAUGGCAAAAACAACAAAAAAAAAAAAUAGAAAUUACAAAAAAUACAAAAAUUACAAUAAAGACAAAAAUAUAAAAAAUUAAAAAAAAAUUACAAAAUUUACAAAAAUUAUCCAAAAUAACAAAAAAUGAAUAAAAAUGAGAAAAUUAAAAAAAAAACUAUUUAUCAACUUAUUUUUAUUUUUUUUAUCAUUUUUUUUGCAUUUUCUCAGUUUUAUUUUUUUAAUUCCCGACAGAAACUACAAAAAUUACAAAAAAUUAAAAAUUAAACAGAAAUGAUAAAACGGCAAAAAUGAUAAAAAUGACAGAAAUUAUACAAAUUUGCACAGAAAUGGCAAAAAUGACAAACAUAACAAAAAUUACAAAGAUCACAAAAAUGACAGAAAAGUCAAAGAAGACCAAAGUGACAAAAAGGAAUAAAAUGACAAAAAUGUAAGAGUUAACAAAGAUCACCAAAAAUGACAAAUUACAAAGACGAUAAAAUCGACAAAAAUUACAACAAUGUUUAAAAUGACAAUUUUUUUUUGUUUUUUUUUUUUAAUUUUAUUAAGGAGAUUUUUAACUUUUUCAGUCAAUCUUUCUUAGCUAUGACAAAAAUUACAAAAAUGACAAAAAUUACAAAAAUUACAAGAAAUUACCACUGAAGUGACAAAAAUGACAAAAAUAACAAUAUUUACAAAAAUGACAAGUUAUUCAAUGGUAAUAUUUAAAUUAAUGGUAAUGGUAAUAUUAAAAUUAAAAAAUUGAAAAAAUUUAAAAUUGACAAAAAACAAAAAAAAAAUGACAACAAUGACAAAAAUGACUAAAAUAACUGAAAAGACAAAAAUUACAAAAAUUACAAUAUCAACAAUAUUAACAAAAAAUAACAUUCAAGGCCAAAAAUAACAAAAAAAAAAAUUAAAGUUACAGUCAUGUCAAUAAUGACAAAAAUAAAUACUGCCAAAAAAUGACAAAAAUAGCAAUAAAUACACAAAAACGAGAAAAAUGACAAAUAUGACAAAAAAAAACUAAAUUGACAAAAAUGACAAAAAAAAAAAUGGCAAAAACAACAAAAAAAAAAUAGAAAUUACAAAAAAUACAAAAAUUACAAUAAAGACAAAAAUAUAAAAAAUUAAAAAAAAAAUUACAAAAUUUACAAAAAUUAUCCAAAAUAACAAAAAAAUGAAUAAAAAUGAGAAAAUUAAAAAAAAAACUAUUUAUCAACUUAUUUUUAUUUUUUUUAUCAUUUUUUUUGCAUUUUCUCAGUUUUAUUUUUUUAAUUCCCGACAGAAACUACAAAAAUUACAAAAAAUUAAAAAUUAAACAGAAAUGAUAAAACGGCAAAAAUGAUAAAAAUGACAGAAAUUAUACAAAUUUGCACAGAAAUGGCAAAAAUGACAAACAUAACAAAAAUUACAAAGAUCACAAAAAUGACAGAAAAGUCAAAGAAGACCAAAGUGACAAAAAGGAAUAAAAUGACAAAAAUGUAAGAGUUAACAAAGAUCACCAAAAAUGACAAAUUACAAAGACGAUAAAAUCGACAAAAAUUACAACAAUGUUUAAAAUGACAAUUUUUUUUUGUUUUUUUUUUAAUUUUAUUAAGGAGAUUUUUAACUUUUUCAGUCAAUCUUUCUUAGCUAUGACAAAAAUUACAAAAAUGACAAAAAUUACAAAAAUUACAAGAAAUUACCACUGAAGUGACAAAAAUGACAAAAAUAACAAUAUUUACAAAAAUGACAAGUUAUUCAAUGGUAAUAUUUACCAUUCAAUCAUUUGAAAAAAAGAAUAGAAAAAAAACUAUUCGCACUUAUAUCCUCAAUGUUUUCCUUUGAUUGCUAUUUUCUGGUGAUUUAUGUACGACGAAAUAGAAAAUACUGUUUUUUACGUUUCGACCUAUUGAAUUUCAGCCAUCUUUAGAAAAAAAUGGUUUUGCUGCAUUCCUCCGUUGAACGGAAAAGUUUUUUUUUAAGAUGGCUGAAAUCCAGUAGACCGAAACGUAGAAAAUAGCAGUUUUUUCGUCUUUAAUCACUUUAAAAUAUCUAAACUAGAAAUCCAUGGAAAAGUGAGGUGGAAAAAGAUUAAAAAAAAAACAAUCGUAAUGGAAAAAGUUCCUUUUUUGCAAACCUGUUCUCAUUUUGGUAAACUUUGUGAUCUGGAUUUUUUUGUCUGUUAAAUAAUUUGAAGCUUCCCAAACGUUGCAUUAAAAUUUCAUAUCCUACUAUGAAAUUUAAUUACAAAAUUCUAUGCAUUCUUUGGCCUUCGUUCUUUUUUUCAUUGCUGUCUGUAGAGGUAUUUUGCGGUUUUAAUUUGUAUCUUGAGAAAAAAAAAACGACAUUCUGGCAUUUUUCACAUCUAAGACCUUCAAUUUGAACCAAAAUUGGGACUCUUCAUAUAUUUUUUUAUUUAACAGAAAAUUUAAAAAUGUUUGUUUGAUUUUAACCCAGUAUCGAAUCAUGUCUAAGUCGUUAACAUGUCUGGAAGCUAGACAAAAAUGUUGAUUAGCAAAGGGAAUGAUAAAGGUAAAUACCAAAAAAAAACUAACAACUAGUAAACAAAUCGUAGGUACUCCACCUGACUUACUUGUCGAAAGAAAGAAAGAAGAAAAAAAAAACACGCACCCCGCCCGCUCAAUUGCUUGUUUCAGCUUUGUUUCGCUAAUUUCAACGCGGCGGCGCUCGCAUUAAACGCGUUUGAAAUUUGCUUUUUGUGUGUUUUUUUUUCACUUUUCUUUUCUUUUGUUUUGUUUUGCCGUGUCGCUGCUUCGUCUGUCGAAUUAAUUUCGCCCUAGCUGUUUUACCGAAACGAAUUAAAUAAAUGCAAGGAAAAACCGACAGACGUGAAUAGACCGAAACAGGUGUUCAACCGAUUUACAAUAGUUACUUACAACAAAACAAAACCAAAACAAUAAUAAUGAGCCCUUUGUUGUUGUUGACAAGCUUAAAUGCGACCGGCGAGGGACCCCCUCGCUGGAUGUAAACAAAACUUUGGGUUUUGUUGUUGUUUUUCAAUGGGAUGUUUUGUUAGCCUAUGAAUACUGAUUGACUUAAUUAGAUCACUGUAAAUCACCGUAGCUUAAGAUUUGCUUGACUUUAAAAAAAAAAUUGGGAUGCCGUAGAAUUCAAAAAUAAAAGUUCACUCUUUGUUAGUUUGAGGUCUUUAGGUCACGCGUAACGUUUUUAUCCUAACGGGGAUGCCAAUUCUCCCAAACGGUUGUUACGAAUUACACAACAACUUCAACCGAUUACAUGUCACUAGCAACGGUGCUUCAACACAACUAUGACCUAGAUUGUUCUGAACACCUCAAGCUUGUUGUCGAUUCAUCAACGUUGACCGAUUCUUUAAUUUAAGCCGCUACGAUGAGUUUGCUUACCUCAGAAGUCACGUUCUGACCGCUCUCCGUGAUUAAUGGUCGGUCGAUGAGGUAACUUUCAUCACUAUCCCCGAAAUUGACGCACUUGGAACUUGGAAAGUCGUCGAAAGUUGUUGUAACGUGACUUAUCGAAAGAAACCAAUCACGAGGGGAAGAUUUGUCCGAAAACAAAACAAACGAAUCUCCGAACUACGUGACAGGUGCUAAAAAGGCCGUAACUCCAGUAGCUAAAGACCAGUUAGUGUUGAGUAAAUGUUGACUAGAGUUGGUGUGGAGACGAUCGUGUGAAGACCAUCUCUAGGUGGUCUCUCGGAAAUUGGACCAUGGCAUCUUCAGGAAGUUUACGGUUGAGUGAAGUCUUGUUAGGAGUGGUUCUAAGCCUAGUGUUAGUCUUAUCUCGAAGUUCUGCGGACCCUCAAGUUUACAACAACUACAAUGCCUACGAAGUUCAACAACAACCAGCAGCCUCCUGUAGUAGUUAUCGACCCAAAAUCGUGUGUUUCGUAUCGGCCGCCGCAGAUCGUUACGAUACUUCGAGGAUGCCACCGGGACUCUGUAGUCACCUGGUGUUGAUUGACUUGAUCGGGUUGAACUGUGAAGGAAAGUUGACCCUGCUUCAACAAUCCAGUCGAGCACUAACCAAAUUUUUGGAUCUCAAGCACCGCUUUCAAGCUGCUGGAGAUCCGGUGCGAUUUGUGCUGGCAAUAGGCGGGAUCUACCAGAAAUCGACCCACUUUAGUCAGGCCCUUUCGGAUGAGACGAAGAUCUUCAACGUGGUAGACAACAUUAUAACAUUUGUGACUAAGCAUGGCUUUGACGGGGUCGACGUAGCUUGGUUCUAUCCGGGUCAGUUUGGAGGUCGUCGAUCCGAUAAGGCCAACCUGGUUUUAUUGUUGCAAGAACUUCAGCUGAGGCUGCAGGCCUGUGGCAUGAGUUUGUCUUUAACAGUUGGAGUAGAUCCUCGGGACAUCGAAACCAGCUACGAUGUUCCGCAAAUUGAUCAGUACGUAGAUUUCGUGAACCUCCUAGCCGGGGACUACCAUUCGCCUAGGAAACCUUCGCAUGUUUCACCUUUACAUGGGGGAUCACCCAAUGAUCGUUUGAAUGUUGUAAGUAUGAGUUGUCUUAGAAGAGUUCUUUUCUUAAUUUUGUCUUUCUUCAGCAAUACAGUGUGGAAAGCUACGUUAAAGCGGGGUUGAACCCGCAAAAGAUUGUCAUUCUUCUGUCCACCUAUGCUUAUCUGUACACGUUGAAGAUCAACGGUGCUAAAGAAGGUCAACCGUCGUUGAAGACUGUUCAGAAGCUAAGUCUCCUGAGUGCCCAGGAGCUGAUGGAACGUGAAAACCU